AGGCCACAGGCUGUGACCAGGCGGAGAAGCAAAGGACACAGAGCCAAGGACAGUGAAAAAACUGAAACAUGGAGGCCGAUCAAGCACCCAGUGACAGACACUUGAUGGAUAAAUACACCUUCACGCACAACUUCGGUGAAACACAGCUGCACCAAACAUACCUGUGCUAUGAGGUGAAGGUGUUCAAGGACGACUCUCAGGACCCAGUGAAGGAGUUCAAGGGCUUCCUGCGCAAUCAGGGCAGAAACCCUGGGCCACGCCGCCAUGCAGAGUUGUGUUUCCUGGAUCUGAUCCCUUCUUGGAACCUGGACGAGAAGCUCUGCACAAUCACCUGUUUCAUCUCCUGGAGCCCCUGCUAUGACUGUGCCCUACAACUGGCUGCAUUCCUGGUCGAGAACAGCCAUGUGAGCCUGAGCAUCUUCUGUGCCCGCAUCUAUAGCAUCAGCGGGUAUAAACAAGGGCUGCUCGCACUGCAGAAUGCUGGGGCCCAAAUUGCCAUCAUGACCAGCAAAGAGAUGAAGUACUGCUGGGAAACAUUUGUGGACAACAAGGGCCAAGAAUUCCAGCCCCAAGAUAACCUGGAUAAAACCAGAAAUUACCUGUCAAUGGAGCUGGAGAAAAUUAUCAGAAAAACUGAAGGCUGGAUGUCAUCUCUCUAAAGAAGGCAGGAGUCUUCUGGCGAAUGACGAAUCAAACACUUUCAUCGAGAAAUGAAAGCUCACCAUUUGCCGCCAUCUCCAAACUGAUCCAAAGAAACCAGCAAAAGGCAAUGAGCUCCUAAGAAAUUUUUAAAAAUUUGAUUCAUUUACUCUUCAUUUAAAAUCUAUGGUGUGUGAAUAUACACCAGUAACAUUUUACUCAAUACUAUCACAAUCCAUGUUGAUUUUUAAAGAAAUGAUUAUUUUCUUUG